AUGGACGAACAUGUCCCAUACUCUACAGCGACAUUGACGGCGUAUCUGGAUGACGUGGCUUGGGCGCACAAGCAGGAGGAGAUCAUUCGUCUCUUUGCUGCCGACGAUGAGGAGAAGAGAUAUCGCUUUCCCCCUAUGAAACCACGACAGCGCCAAUUCUUGCACAACUUGGCUGAAGACUUUGCCCUCGAUACCGAGUCUCUCGAUCCCGAGCCGCACCGUCACAUAAUGCUGUUCAAGACCCCUCGCUUUGUGUCUGCUCCUAUGAAGACGCUUGCACAAGCAGCCCGUAUUCGUCGUGGUCAGCUCAACAUCUCUGCACCAGUGGCUUCCUCGGUGGUUGAGAAGAAGGAUCCGAUCUAUAAUGGUUUUGUGGUCAGAGGCUUGAAAUUCGCCUUGACUGAAGACGAAUUACGGCCAAUCAUCAAAAAGGCAAUGCCGGUUUCGCAGAUGGAUAUUCACUUUCUUGGCGAUGAGGUCGCGCUGCUACCACAGAGCAAGCUUGACCUCAAUGCGAUCCAGCCUACUCUAUCGACUGCCAUUAUAGCGGCCGAUCUUGCAGCCAACGUGUUGCAAGCCCGUCUUGACACUUCGAGCUUCGAGCCUAGAAUUCUUGACGUGCAGACAAAGUCAACUGCUGCAAGUGCAGGCGGCUGGUCCCAAGUUGCAGCAGCUGGAAGAAAACCUGCCGUCGCGCCCACCACGAAAGCUGUGGGGCAGAGAAACGUCUACACUGUCCUGGGAAGCAGGGUGGCUGAAGCUAAGAAGAAGAAGAUGGAAAAUGAGAACAUGUUCAAGUCCAAGGAGGAGAUUGUGGAUGAUUGGGAAGCUGAGAUGGAGAAGGAGGAUCUACGACCCGGGAAACACGAGAGUAGUGGUGAAGAGGUAGCGGAUCGUGCAGAGGUCUAG